AUGAACUACUUUAAUGCAGCAAAACAAAUUGGUCAAUUGGUCAAUCACGAAGCCAAGAAACAUACAGGUACAAAAACAUACACCGAUAAAGAUAAAAACGCAAUUGCACAAGCAACUCAAGGAGAAUCAGAACAACCAUUACAAGUUCAAAUAUAUUCUCACAAUAUAAGAUUUGAUCAAAAAAAUUUAGUUGAUGGAGAAAAACCAUGGUCAAUUAGAAGAAACGGAGUUAUUGAUUUAAUAAAACAAGCAACUUCAAAUCCAAAUUUACCUUCAAUUAUUGGAUUACAAGAAGUUUUAAAAAAUCAAUUAGAUGAUAUUGUUCAAGGUUUAGGUCCAGAUUGGACUUAUUUUGGAGUUGGUAGAAAUGAUGGAAGUACAAGUGGUGAAUUUUCUCCUAUAUUAUAUAAUAAACAAGAUUGGGAACCUAUUUUCACAAAAACUUUUUGGUUAAGUGAAACUCCAAGUAAGCCAAGUAAAAGUUGGGAUGCAGCAAUGAAUCGUAUAGUAUCAAAUGUAAUUUUGAAAAAUAAAAAAGUUCCUGGUAAAUCAAUAAAUUUUUUCAAUACUCAUUUCGAUCAUAAAGGUUCAAAAGCAAGAGAACAAUCAUCAUUACUUAUAGUUAAAUUAAUGAAUGAAGCUCCAGUAGGUAAAAAUGUCUUGACUGGUGAUUUAAAUAGUGAUCCAAAUGCUGAAGGUUAUAAGACAUUAUCAAAUUAUUUAAAAGAAUCAGGAACUCAAGCGCAAAAUAUUCAAGGUGAAAGAAGAACAUGUACUGGUUUUACUGGUGAUGGUGAAUCAAUUAUAGAUUUUAUUUGGACUAGUUCAAAUGUUCCUAUUUUAUUUCAUACUACUAUCGAUCAAACGUGUGAUGGGUGUUUAUGUAGUGAUCAUCGUCCUGUUGUUGCAGUUGUUGAAAUAUAG